AUGGCCUUCUGUGGAUUUGGCCCCAUGCCCGUUGGUGACCUGGAGGCCGUUGGGGAAGUUUUUGAAGACUGGGUCAACAAUGGUGAUAUUGAUGGAUUCAACGUAGCUUCGUUCCUGGUGGAAGUUACAGACAGAACAUAUUAUCGUCCAUAUGGGCAAAGUUUUGCACCUGAAGGUCAUGCUUCAAUGGAGUUCGCUUUUGAGGCAUUGAAGGAGAAUACAAACGGAAAUGGUGUCAUCACGAUCAAUCGGCAAGAUCCAGAGCCAAAGGCGGUGAAUGGAGAAGAGGCGUCGAAGUUGACAGCAGCGAUCAAUGGCUGA